UGAUGAGAAAGGGAUGCCACGCAUAUCUAGCUUACGUUGUGGACAAAACCAAAGAAGAGGUAGACAUCAAUGAUGUGAGAAUAGUGUGCAAGUAUCCGGAUGUCUUCCCAAAAGACUUACCGGGGCUUCCACCCGAUAGGGAGAUUGAGUUCGUGAUCGAGGUUGAACCCGGCACCAAACCAAUCUCUAUACCGCCAUACAGAAUGGCACCCGCUGAACUUAACGAGUUGAAAACCCAAUUGCAAGAGCUAUUGGAUAACGGUUUCAUAAGGCCGAGUCACUCUCCGUGGGGAGCGCCGGUCCUUUUCGUGAAAAAGAAAGAUGGAACCCUUCGAAUGUGCAUUGACUAUCGUCACCUGAACAAGGUCACGAUCAAGAAUAGGUAUCCCUUGCCUAGGAUUGAUGACUUGUUUGAUCAGCUCCGAGGAGCGACGGUGUUUUCGAAGAUUGACUUGAGGUCGGGGUACCACCAACUGAAGAUAAAGGCCCAACAGGCCCAAAUCACAGCGCACAGAGUACCAAGUAGCCCGCAAGGCGCACCAGGGGUGCCUUCGCCCCCUGGCCGAAGGCUCUAAACUCUCACAGAACGGGUUUCUCAAGCAAACUAAGAGACUGGGAAAAACGGCAGAAAACAGUAGCCCUCGGCACCUGAAGCCCUCGGCACCAAGGGGUCCCCCGGUACUCAGAGCCCUCGGCUAGUCCUCUAACAGCCGAGGGCACCUUCCCCGACAUGAUAUCCGCGCCACAUGCGUACAGAUCACCGUACCCUGUGCAACGUCCCAUCCAACAGUCGCAUUAAAUGCGGCCACAUGCGGUUGCCAGCGCCAACCAGAUGAGACAUGCGAUCAAAUGCAUCCCUAUAGUAGCCAAGCUCAGCACCCG